AUUCUCAUUUCCAAUGCAAGAUGUUAUCUGGAUAACUGCAUGACUAAUAAAAAACUUUACAUAUUUCUGAAUAUAAAAAUUUGUUUAAAUAAAUGAAAUUCAUGUGGCAUGAAAAUGAAUAAUUAAACCUUUUUGAACUCAACUAAUAACCGCGUCACAAAACUGUCAAUGCAACUAAACCCGUGAAACGUAUAAUUCAAAAAGCAACAGUUCCAAGUGAACAGCAAAACUCCUACUACACUGCAAAGGGGACCCCGAAAGACACCUUGGAAGGACAUUGCGUGAUGGCAACUCAUAAAUAUGAAACACAAAAUCAUAAUGACACGAAAACAAUGAAUAACAACAACUCAUGUAAUUUUAAUAUUAUAAGCCGAGCAUUUAAACACAAAACACAAAUAGAAAUUAUAAAGAGACUCACACCCCUCCAAGGAACAGCAAUCGUUAAGGAUAUGUUGACGUCACUUCCACGCUCCGUUCGACAUGUUUAAGAGGAAAGCUUAGAGUUCAGAAAAUAUUUUACAUUUUGCAAACGUUUGCAGUUGUUUGGCAACGAAGCAGUAGAAAAAUCGAAAAACUCAUUGAUUUUCCAUUAGAAUGACGGAACCAAAUAUAUCUUAUAGCACACAAAAUUGCUAAUAUCUCAACUGAACUGAACUUACUUAUCACAGUUUAAAUAUUUUAGCUGCCAAAUUGGUUUAUGAUACUGUCAAUCGCAUAAAGCAAAAUGUCUGAACAUCUACCUUCGACCUCAACAGGUCGAAUACAUUAUUCCGACGACUUGCCUGGCUGCAGUGAAUUGAUUUAUGAAAAUACUAAAGAUUCAAGAAACAAUACACCUAUUGAUACGCCCCACGGUUCACCAAAGCCUACACAACGACUGAUCAGACAUUUAAGUAAAUCUGCUUCGGAAUUAAAUGGGCAUGAAGUGCCACGUAUAGUACCAAAACGUGCAAAAAGUGCUGUUGGCUCACAUCCAAAUACGAGCAGCGUAAGCGGGGGAGUUGGUGUUUUGCAAAAAACUCAUGGCUUCUUCAACAAUCUAAAACAUCGUUGGAGUCGUGCAAAGAGCAAAGAUCGAGUUGGACGCAAAUCUCCAAGCGAUUUUUUGGAAGAGAGCACAGAUUAUGCUGCUGACUAUAGCUCAGAGAGCAGUUCAGUAACACAGAGUCCAAGACAUCGAGCUACAACCAUAGGGGGAUCUCCACUGGCGAAAGAAUUUCGCGCAACUGCCAAAAUGGCACAAGUAAUUCAACGUUUCGGCGGCUCUAUGGAAGGUCGCAUUGAAGAGCAUCCAGAAAAUGGUGCUGCCGGUAAUGAAAAUUAUAUGACCACUCAAGAUCAAUUGGAUGCAUUGCAGGCUGACGACUUGCGUCGCAAAAAGGAAGCACAAUUACGACAAUAUGUCUUCUUUCAGUUACGUGUUCAUCUUAAGAGCGGCAAUGAUUUGGUGGCCAUGGACAAAAACGGCUUGAGCGAUCCUUAUGUAAAAUUCAAGGUUGGCGGUCGAUUACUGUAUAAAUCACGUACAAUACAUCGUGACCUCAAUCCAAUUUGGGAUGAAGUGUUCACCGUACCAAUUGAGGAUCCAUUCCAGUCAAUUAUCGUCAAAGUCUUCGACUAUGAUUGGGGACUGCAGGAUGACUUCAUGGGUUCAGCCAAAUUGGACUUAACACAAUUAGAAUUAGGCAAAGCGGAAGACAUCAACUUACGUUUGUUUGACGAAAACCAUCCUGAACGUCAGUUGGGCGAGAUUCUAUUGAAUUUGACACUGUGGCCACGUAGUCAGGAAGACAAGGAAAUUCACUUUCAACGCAAUUCCAAAUUGGCAGAGUCAUCGAAACGGCUGAAAUCACAGAUUUGGAGUUCAGUGGUCACGAUUUUGUUGGUCAAAGCGAAAGACUUGCCAUUGGCGGAAGAUGGAAGCAAGCUUAAUGAUACGCACAUUAAAUUUAGACUCGGUAACGAGAAAUACAAAAGUAAGUCUUCCUGGACGGAACGUUGGCUUGAACAAUUUGACUUGCAUCUCUUCGAUGAAGAUCAAAGUUUAGAAAUUUCUUUAUGGAACCGGAAUACACUUUAUGGUAAGGCAAAUGUUGAUCUCAGUGUAUUCGAACGCGAGAAUACACAUGGCAUUUGGAAGCCAUUCGAAGACUGCCCUGGUGAAGUUUUCCUAAUGUUAACUAUAAGCGGCACAACUGCUCUGGAAACAAUAAGUGACUUGAAAGCAUUCAAGGAAGAUCCACGAGAGGCUAAAUUGUUGUUCGAUCGAUAUCGUUGGCAUCGCUGUUUACAAAAUUUACGCGAUGUUGGACAUUUGACAGUGAAAGUUUUCGGCGCCACGGGCUUAGCAGCAGCCGACAUUGGCGGCAAGUCAGAUCCAUUUUGUGUGUUAGAAUUGGGGAAUGCACGAUUGCAAACACAAACCGAAUAUAAAACACUGACACCAACAUGGAACAAAAUCUUUACAUUCAACGUCAAAGACAUAACGCAAGUGCUCGAAAUCACUGUCUACGACGAAGAUCGUGAUCACCGCGUAGAGUUCCUAGGAAAACUGGUCAUACCGCUGUUACGCAUCAAAAGCGGUGCUAAACGCUGGUACACACUUAAGGAUAAAAAUUUAUGUGUGCGCGCCAAAGGCCUUUCCCCGCAGAUUUUACUUGAAAUGACGGUUGUCUGGAAUGAGGUGCGUGCAAUCUGUCGUGUCCUACAACCGAAAGAGGAGAAACUAAUUCAGCAGGAAGCAAAAUUCAAACGACAACUAUUUCUGCGGAACGUCAAUAGACUCAAAGUGAUAAUUAUGGACAUUUUGGAUGCAGCGCGAUAUGUGCAAAGUUGCUUUGAAUGGGAGUCACCGCUGCGUUCCAUCAUUGCAUUUGUCUUGUGGAUACUCGCUUGUGUUUACGGAAACCUAGAAACUGUGCCAUUUGUGCUGUUGUUAUUAAUUUUAAAAAAAUGGCUCAUACGUCUUAUAACUGGAAGUGCAGCUGACUCCACAGCCGGUCACUACGACUACGAUUACGAUGAAGAUGACGACGACGACAAAGAAAAAGAAGAGAAGAAAUCCAUAAAGGAACGUUUACAAGCGAUACAAGAAGUGUCGCAGACUGUACAAAAUACCAUUGGUUACUUGGCAUCUUUAGGAGAGAGUACCAAAAACACAUUUAAUUUUUCCGUCCCUGAAUUGACCUGGUUAGCAGUGGUGCUCUUAAUUGGUGCCAUAGUAGUAUUACAUUAUAUACCAAUGCGUCUUAUAUUGCUCUUUUGGGGCAUUAUGAAGUUUUCCAGGCGCAUAUUGCGUCCAAAUACAAUACCAAAUAAUGAAUUGUUAGACUUUCUUUCACGUGUACCAGACGACGAGGAAAUUAAUCAAUAUCGUGAACUACCACCAUCAGCGCCCACCGAUCAGACACGUAGCAAUCCCAAAAAGAAAGUCAAAGCUUCAUAGUCCAUUGCCAGUGUGGAUGUUAGUGGUGCUCUACAAGAGUUCUCGAACCCAACAACCAGCAGCAGUAGCGCUAUUGCGGCUGUGAACGCAGCAGCUGUCUUGCCGCAACAAGUCGUUAAUAUCUCCACACAUUCUAUGAGGAAUGUGUCUUCAAUGUUCAAGGCGAGCAAGGAAAAUCUCAAAUCGGCGGCGAAGAAGAAAUUUAGUAAGGCGUACAACAGAAGCCUCAAGAAACUAAACUAAAUAUAACGGAACGCAAUUAAACUAGUUAAAUUAUUUUACAAUCAAUCAAUUCUCAACUCAAUUAUGCACCUUAAACGGCUCACUUUUAAAGUUACUUCAAUGAAUUAAAGUUAAAAUAAAUUAUUUUAGGCUAAAUUUAGUACUCAAAGCUACAAACUAUUUACACUCAAUUUUUAUGAAAGUCCACUUUUGCUGUAUAUACACAAAAUAUU